AGCAUUUUUAUUUUGUCUAAUGUUUCUGUCUUUCUCUUUCUGUUUGUGUUUUCAGGUGAAUGAGCGGAUUUCAUACUAGAAGCAAAGGAUCAUCGAAUUUAAUACCUUUGGAGUUAGAGCUCGGCCGCCUAGAGAGACAAGUGAAAAAGAAAAGACUUGAGUCCGCUGAAGAGGUUGAAAUGGCUGAACACCAAGAAGACCAGUUUCAGGACAACCCGCAAAAUCCAAUUCCUGUAGAUGAACGAGAAGGCAACAAUGCUGGUGAUAAUCAGCAGGCUGGUGUAGCUGCAAGACAACAGGCUGGAGACUAUGGCAUGCCUAGGAUGACGCUUGCACAUUAUGAUACACCAGAUGCAUUCUAUGCCGAUCGUUCUGGGAUUCGCCCACCUCCCAUUGAGAGAAGAGACUUUGAGAUCAAGACUGGUCUCAUUAAUUUGGUGGAGAAAAAUCCGUUUCAUGGAAACCCGUCUGAGGACCCGAUGUAUCACUUGGAGCAUUUUGAGCGAGUCUGUGACACCAGCAGACAUAAUGGAGUUCCUCAAGGCGCUUUGAAAUGCAGGUUGUUCCCGUUUUCCUUAGCUGAUAAAGCUAUCAGAUGGUUAAAGUCCAUCCCUCCAGGAUCUCUUACUACAUGGGAAGAGACAAGAGCUGCUUUUCUACAGCAUUUCUUCACCAAGUCAAGGUCCACAUAUCUGAGAAGCAGAAUUGGAAGCUUUCAGCAACUUGAUUCAGAAAGCUUUCAUGAGGCUUGGGAGCGUUUCAAGGAGUACACACAGGACUGCCCUCACCAUGGCUACACUGAUGUGAGUUUGCUGAACAUUUUCUAUAAUGGAGUUCAUGAAGAGAGUCAAGAUGCCAUGGACACAGCAAGUAAUGGUGAUUUCAUGACCAAGACUGUUGAAGAAGCUUACACCUUGUUGAACAACCUGUCAUCCAGCAAAGCAAACCGCAAGUCAAGGUUUGAUACCAGCCAGAAGGGUGUUGGUUAUGAAUCCAAGAAGAUAGAUGAGUUGAAUGCCAAGAUUGAGAUGCUUCUCAAGAGAGAUCAGAAAUCUGUGAAAUUUGUGGAGGAGCAAGGCUAUCGUUCCUCACAAGAAGCUGUUGGUGAUGAUUCAAGUGAUAUGCAGGCUGAUGUGAACUACAUUGGUGGUCAAGGAAACUACAACAGAGGCUACAAUCAGAACCUUGGGUGGAAUCAAAAUCAGCAAAAUAAUCUGUCUUACCGGAGCAACAAUGUGGAGAAUCCACAACAUCAGUCCUACCCUCAGGCAGGAAACAGGCAGAACCAGAAUCAGAACCAGAGUGUGUUCAACCAAGGAUUUCAGAACAGAAAUCAAUAUCAGGGGAACAACUCGGGCAACUCAGGAUUUCAGCAAAGGCAGCAGUACAACAACUAUCAGAAUCAAGGAAAUGCCUCUUCGUCACAGCCUUCUCAGGAUAACGAAAUUAAGAAGAUGCUGCAAAUGGUGCUAGAAGGUCAGAAGAAUAGCACUGCAGAGAUAAACACCAAGGUGGAUAACAUGUAUGGAGAGCUUAAUGGGAAGUUCGAAGCUUUGAACACCCAUUUGAAAGUUUUGGAAAAGCAAGUUGCUCAAACCGCCUCUAGCAGCAGAACAGCACCUGGAUUUCUACCAGGGAAGUCAGAGACGAAUCCCAAGGAGUUUGUGAAUGCUGUAACACUUAGGAGUGGAAAAACGAUUGAGGAAUCGAAAGAGAAAGAGAUCGACCGAUCUCAAGAACAGAUCGACCGAUCCAAGGGGAAGGAGAUCGACCUAUCCGGUCCAUCUGGAUCGACCGAUCCCGUGUCGACGAAACCAAAUUCCUCCGAACCUGAAGAGGUGUAUGUGGCGCCUCCUGCUUAUGUUCCUAAGGCUCCAUACCCAUCCAGACCAAGGCAGAAGAUCAAAGAACGUGAGUACGAGAAGCUAAAGAACCUUGUUGGGGAGUUACAUGUGAGAUUGCCAUUCGUUGAAGCGGUGAAGAUGGUACCUUCUCUUAAAAGGUACAUGAAGGAGAUUCUUACCGAUAAGAUGAGCCUAGAGCGGGGUGUGUUGAUGCUCAAUGAGGAGUGUAGCGCAGUUCUACAAAAUGUCAUGCCUAAAAAGCGUGAAGAUCCCGGAGCAUUUGUUCUACCAUGCCGCAUUGGAUCACUUACCUUUGAGAGGAGUCUCUGCGAUCUGGGUUCAGGAGUGAGCCUAAUGCCUUUCUCUGUCUCUGAGAGGCUAGGCAUGACGAACUACAAACCUACAAGGAUCUCCUUGGUCCUUGCUGACCGAUCAGUGCGAAGACCAGUCGGUGUACUAGAAAACAUCCCUGUUGGUGUUGGAAAGGGAUAUGUGCUUACCGAUUUUGUAGUUCUGGAGCUGGAAGAGGAACCUAAAGAUCCUCUCAUUUUGGGCAGACCGUUUUUAGCUACUGCUGGAGCCAUGAUUGAUGUACAGAAUGGGCAUAUAGACUUACGUCUAGGAGACAUGGCGAUGAGAUACAAUGUGGAGAAGGUGCUGAAAAAUCCGACUAUUGAUGGACAGACUUUCUGGGUUGAUACAUUGACUGAACUGGUGGAGGAAAUGGAUGAAGAGUUGCACACUGAUGAUCCUCUACAAGUCGCAUUGACCCAAAGGGAGAGUGAGUUUGGGUUCAUGAACCAAGAAGUGGUUGGAUUUUCUGAGAUUUUAGAUUCAGCCCCACCGAUUGAGAAGCAUGUCGCCUAUGUCAGCCUUGAAGACUCAGGCACCGAUAAAACCGUCAAACCGUCAUCCUCCCAACCAGAUUGGAGUGAGGAGAAUGCUCCAAAGGUGGAACUUAAAGCCCUCCCAGCUGGGCUGAGGUAUGCAUUCUUGGGACCGAAUUCCACAUAUCCUGUUAUUAUUUGUGCUAACCUGAAUAAUGUGGAGACCGCUUUGCUUCUUUCAAAAUUGCGAAAGUAUAGAAAAGCAUUGGGGUACUCUUUGGAUGAUAUUACAGGUAUUUCUCCAGAUCUUUGCAUGCACAAGAUUCACUUGGAGGAUGAGUCAAAGACGUCCAUAGAGCACCAGCGAAGACUGAAUCCCAAACUGAUGGAAGUUGUGAAAAAGGAGAUUCUAAAGCUGUUGAGUGCAGGGGUGAUCUACCCAAUUUCAGACAGUACUUGGGUGAGCCCGGUUCAUGUGGUUCCUAAGAAGGGUGGCAUCACUGUCAUCACAAAUGAGAAGGCUGAGCUGAUUCCUACCAGAACAGUCACAGGGCAUAGGAUGUGCAUUGACUACAGGAAGCUAAACUCAGCCACAAGGAAGGACCACUUCCCACUUCCUUUCAUUGACCAGAUGCUGGAAAGACUAGCCAACCACCCCUACUACUGUUUUCUCGAUGGUUACUCUGGGUUCUUUCAGAUACCCAUUCAUCCAGACGACCAAGAGAAGACAACAUUCACCUGUCCAUACGGUACUUUUGCCUACAGGAGAAUGCCUUUCGGAUUGUGCAAUGCUCCUGCCACUUUCCAGAGAUGCAUGAUGUCGAUCUUUACUGAUCUUAUUGAGGACAUUAUGGAGGUUUUUAUGGACGAUUUCUCAGUCUACGGUUCUUCAUUUAGCGACUGCCUUGCUAAUCUGUGCAAGGUGCUGGAAAGAUGUGAGGAGAAGAACUUGGUGUUAAAUUGGGAGAAGUGUCAUUUCAUGGUGAAAGAUGGCAUUGUUUUGGGUCACAGGAUAUCAGAGCAGGGUAUCGAGGUUGACAAAGCAAAGAUUGAAGUUAUGACCAGCCUACAGCCUCCCAGGACAGUGAGGGAUAUUCGGAGUUUUCUGGGACAUGCCGGUUUUUACAGGAGGUUUAUCAAAGACUUCUCUAUGAUAGCGAGGCCACUCACCCGUCUGCUGUGCAAAGAAGCGAAGUUUGUUUUUGAUGCUGACUGCCUCGCUGCGUUUCAGAUUCUCAAGAAGUCUCUAGUCAGUGCUCCCAUUGUGCAGCCACCAGAUUGGGACUUGCCAUUUGAAAUAAUGUGUGACGCAAGUGAUUACGCGAUUGGAGCUGUUUUGGGGCAGAGAAAAGACAAGAAACUCCAUGUGAUCUAUUAUGCCAGCCGAACGCUUGAUGAUGCUCAAAUCAAGUAUGCUACCACUGAGAAGGAGUUGCUGGCAGUAGUUUAUGCUUUCGAGAAGUUCAGGUCCUAUUUGGUGGGCUCGAAAGUAAUUGUGCACACAGAUCAUGCAGCCUUGAAGUACCUGAUGACGAAAAAAGAUGCUAAACCGAGACUCUUAAGGUGGAUCUUACUGCUACAGGAGUUUGAUAUUGAGAUCAGAGACAAGAGAGGAGCAGAAAAUGGAGUGGCAGAUCAUCUUUCCCGAAUGAGAGUGGAAGCUGAAACACCACUGGAUGAUACAUUACCCGAGGAGAAUGUCUAUGUGAUCACCUUGCUGGAGGAUGAGUAUUUGGAUCAGGCUGAUUGCUGUGUCAUGAGACAAAUUCAGGAUGAUCUACCAUGGUUUGCAGACUUUGCAAACUAUCUAUGUGCUGGAAUUGAACCACCGAACCUGAAGGGGUAUGAGAGGAAGAAGUUCAUGAGAGAUGUGAACCACUAUUACUGGGAUGAUCCCUUCCUCUACAAGAGAUGCUCAGAUGGUUUAUUCAGGAGAUGUGUUCUGGAGAAUGAGAUGCAAGGGAUUCUUUUCCACUGCCACAGUUCAGAAUACGCAGGCCAUUUUGCAACAUUCAAGACGGUUUCUAAGGUCCUGCAGGCUGGUUACUGGUGGCCUACACUUUUCAGAGACGCCCAUGAGUUUGUCUCAAAGUGUGAUGCAUGUCAGCGGAAGGGUAACAUCAGUAAGAGAAAUGAGAUGCCCCAAAAUUUCAUCCUUGAAGUUGAAGUUUUUGAUGUAUGGGGAAUUGAUUUUAUGGGCCCUUUCCCAUCUUCUUAUGGAAAUGAGUACAUCCUGGUUGCGGUUGAUUAUGUCUCCAAGUGGGUGGAAGCAGUAGCCAGCAAGACAAAUGACUCUAGUGUUGUCAAGAAAAUGUUCAAGACAGUCGUUUUUCCAAGAUUCGGGAUCCCGAGAGUGGUUAUUAGUGAUGGAGGCUCUCAUUUCAUCAACAAGACGUUCGAUAAACUGCUGAAGAAACAUGGAGUAAAGCAUAAGGUAGCUACACCUUAUCAUCCUCAGACAAGUGGGCAGGUUGAAAUAUCGAACCGAGAAAUCAAGGGGAUUUUGGAGAAGGCUGUAGGCAAAACAAGGAAAGAUUGGGCUGUGAAGCUUGAUGACGCCUUAUGGGCGUAUAGAACCGCCUAUAAAACUCCCUUGGGCACCACUCCUUUUAAUCUGGUCUAUGGAAAGUCUUGUCACCUACCUGUGGAAUUGGAGUACAGUGGUUUUUGGGCAACGAAGUUGAUGAACUUCGACAUUAAAACCGCUGCAGAAAGGAGGAUGGUUCAGUUGAACGAGCUGGACGAGAUUCUGUUGAACGCCUAUGAGAACACCAAAAUCUACAAGGAAAGAACUAAGGCGUGGCAUGACAGAAAGAUAAUCCCGAGAGACUUCGCUGUUGGAGACAAAGUCCUUCUGUUCAACUCUAGACUCAAGCUAUUCCCUGGAAAGCUUAAGUCUCGUUGGUCCGGACCUUUCACCAUCACAGAGGUUAGACCUUAUGGAGCUGUUGUCUUGGAAGAGAAUGGGAAGAAGUUCACAGUCAAUGGGCAGAGGCUAAAACCUUACUUCACAGAUGCAAAACCCGAAGAAGGAACCAACAUUCCUUUAUCGGAACCUGAUAUCGCCUAAGGACAACAAAAUAGUCAGGCUCGCGACUUUAAACAAGCGCUGAGUGGGAGGCAACCCACAUGGUUUGAUUUUCUUUCUCUUUUGUGAUUAUGUUUUCUUGUGUGAAUUGA